AUGCCCUUGUUCCGUCCUGAGUUGGGUAGCUUCGGUGCUCUGCUGGCAAGUUGUGCCAUCGACUUCACUCCCCAGCUCCAGAGUACUUUGACCAAGAUAUACGUUUUCAGUCCAUACCGUGAGUUGUACGACUAUGUUGUGCCGGCUCUCUUUGAAAGUGGCCAGUCACAUGCCGCGCGUGUCUGGAGAAAAAGGUUCAAUCUUUUCAAUGACCAUCCCAAGUCGCCCAAGUCCAUGCCUUUCUUGGAUUUCUUUUCUCGCUAUUUUUCCGCAAUCCAGCUCACGAAAGAAGAGUUGGCGGUACUCAAUGGAGACACCAGCAUUGGUGAUGGCGUUCGUACCAAUGUACGAAAGGUUACCCAGUUGGAAGCAAACAGUAGUUUUUUCAGCGACAGGUUUACAGCACGAUGGUUCGCCAGCUCUUGGACUUCUCCAGAGUUUGCGAUCAACCUGAUGCAUAAGAUUGGCCUCCGCACAAUUAGCUAUCAUUCGUUGCAAUCCAUUGCGUUGAGAGAAGAUGACGCCCGCGGAGUUGCUGAUCGCCUGACACAGCUCCGAAAGUUAGGGAUCGGAAUAAGAUCUGGAGCCUAUUGCGAUGCAAUCAUCUCCUUCGCGGAACGAGGCGAGGACGAAUUGCUCAGAACCCUUCUACACUGCGAUAUACACCCAGAAGAGUUUGGGAAUCCGGAGACGCGGUCAAUGCUACUUGCAUCUUCCGCUCAACAACAAGAUUGGGGAUUAGAGCGAUUACUCCAAGAGGUUGAAGGCGUGGCAGCUACUCCGGGACCAAGUAAGGACAGCAUCAUAUACAAGGAUCUCAAUAAGCACCUGAGUAUGGCUCUGUCCAUGAAACGUUUUGCGAAAGUCAGGAAUGUUGUCGAUAAGAUGGAAAGCUUGGAUGUAAGCAUGGAGCGGGAGAACUCGAAAGCACUCCUAAACCAUAUCUUUGAAGAUAUAGGCUACCAUCCAAAGCUCAACAAACCACAGCUGCUUGACCGAGCUAUUCAUCUCUCGUUGAGAGUGGCACGACAUGGUGUUGCCGUUCCUGUUCGAUACUGGCAGAUAUUGCUUUAUAACCUCGGACGUCUGGGACGCUUCAAUGAUCUAGAAGGCCUAAGUUACGGGAUAUGUGAACUCUAUAGGCCUGAGCCAGGGGGGUUGAUACCCGUGCAUUGGCAGGACCAGCCUCCCAACCCUAAUAUAAAAGCCGAAGAGUUGGACAGUGAGUCAGAGACCUGGUCUGAAUACUAUUCCUUCGCCGAUGGGAAGAAGAAAAGGAGCCAUUUUAAGGAGGAGUUCUGGAGAGCCGAAAUAGGCCCAUGCCAGAACGAGACAAAUCCAAAACAGAAACAUCACAAACGUUCGAAGAAUCGAAACGAUCCCAACCACGAACUCCGCAUACCAGCAGAUCUGCCAUUCACGAACAGACAACACCCCAUACAGAAGAUUUUCGAUGCCAGUCUGCAGCGCUCCAUAAUUCGAUGGGGCUUUGAUCAGACCUUGGCGCAACGGCCGAUCCCGCCUUCUCUCAUAAAUGUUAAGCCAGUAGGCAUCGCAGACUUUGACUUGGCUUGUGGUGUCCGCUUGCUGGCUGUGCUGAGAGACAAGGGUGUCUACGUUGAUCCCCAAAUAGUGCGAAGUACAGUGAUAUAUCGUCUCGCGGUGGCUCAAUUGCCCAUGAGACCCAGGGCUAGGGAGAGAGAUGAUAGAGAGCUCUCUCCAGCGAACAUGAAGCAACUAGUGGAAGGCGCCUGGGGCUCUCAGAUUCUCCCCAGUGAGGCGCAAUUGGCGUCGGAGAUCGAGAAGCAAAAACCUAAGUUGUGGAAGAGCUAUCCUAGGCUUUUCGAAAAAAGUUACGAUAACGAUGAUCGCAUUUCUUCUGAACCACACGCCUCGAGGACCAAAGAGAAAGGCUGGUUCUAA